AUGGGUGAAAAAGAUGACUAUUUAACUUCAUACCGAGUGUUCUUUGAGAAUUUUGCGGCUACUGUCGAUCCUGAAGAUCAAUUACCUGUGAACAUCGCAGGAUAUACAAUUACUGAGGCGGAGUUACCGGGAGAAGUCAUAUAUUGGACUACUCAGUACUUGACUGAAAAACAAUGUCCGCUAACACUGAUGGCUCCGCUGCAGCGGAUCAUACUUGAAGAGGUGCAUGUUGCGUCUAAGAAGCAUCCUAAUGAGUUUGGAUACGAUUCGGAUGAUUCAGAAUACAUAGCUCUCCGUCUAAUGCAAGCAGUGACGGCACGCGUCAAUGAUGUGUGCCUCCGAUAUUUGGACAAUUCCCGCUUAGACACUCUCCCUCCCCCACCGCCGGCCUCAAUGAAAGAAUACCGUACAGUAUCGUCUGCCACCAAGAACGUUCGGAGAGUAAUGGAAGAUAGACAUGUAGAAUUUGGAAAUCUUGAAGCUUUAUUUGGAAUUGAGACGACAGAACCGACGAGUUUCUACGCAGUGUACGACGGGCACGCGGGCUCGGCCGCCGCCACGUACUGCGCCGCGCAUCUGCACCAGUACCUGGUGGAGAGUCCGCACUUCACGAGGGAUCUGCGACAGGCGAUGCACGAUGCUUAUCUUAGAACAGAUGCUGAGUUUGUGCGGAAAAGUAAUCAAAAGCGCGCGUCGGGCGGCAGCACGGCGGUGUCGGUGGCGCUGCGCGGGCGGCGGCUGGUGGCGGCGUGGGCGGGCGACUCGCUGGCGCUGCUCGUCAAGCGCAUGCGCCUCAUGCAGCUCGUCAACCCGCACAAGCCCGACCGAGCCGACGAACGAGAACGAAUAGAAUCGACGGGAGGUAAAGUGAUGUUUUGGGGCACGUGGCGCGUCAACGGGCAACUCGCGGUGUCACGCGCUAUCGGUGACGCGAAAUACAAACCGUGCGUGACGGCGCGGCCGGAGAUCACCGAGGUCGAUUUGGACGGCGACGAGGACUUUGUUGUGGUGGCCUGCGAUGGUCUCUGGGACGUCGUAAGCGAGGACGCUGUUGCCGUCUCUGUCUACAAGCAGUUGAUGAAUGAUCCAAGUAAG